AUGGGGUAGGGGGGUAUUUGCUAGUUUCGGAGACGCAAGACCCGAAACCAGAGCUUCGACCCCUACCUGCACCUUGGGGCUUUCCAGAUGGGACCCCCGACCCCAUCGACGUUUCCGGUCCUUCUUUUGUUUCUUCCAUGGCAGAUGUGUGACAAUUCCUCUUUUUUGUUCUGUCCUUCUCUUUUUCUUUUUGUCGUUGAGGGACUGUCUUAACUCACUACGUCUUAUAGCUUUCCAUUCUUGCCGUGCAGGCAUCGGACUCCUCCCCUGGAUUUGAUAUACAAGGUCUAAAGAUUAUCAAACCGACCCAGGGCCUCGACUGGUCUCGGACCCCUCCUCCCAUUGACCUCAUUGUAUCCAACGGGCGAUAAGCUAUUGUCAUCACCAGGCUUCACUUGGGAUAUCCUCGUGCUGCCGUCGACUCCUAGGCGACAUUUCGCCAAUUCAAAUUCCUAGGGCACUUGGCACCAACAUGGUAUCGUCAGUCUUUGUGCUCGUUGGAGCUGCGGUCGCCUAUGGCGUAUAUGCCUACGUCUCCGGCCUGCAACGCAAUAUAGCAGAAGCAAAGAAAGUUGGCUUGCCAUAUGUCGUCACCCCCGCAUCGCCCUUUUCAAUAAUAUGGCAGCUCACCCACAAGUUCUGGAUACCCAUCAUCAAGUGUUUUCCGAAAUCAUGGUGGGAGAACUGGCUCGAACUCCUCAUACCGAAUUGGUCCUACGAUUUACUCCAUAAGCCCUUUGAACGCAUCGGCGAGACCUUUAUGAUCGUAUCGGCCUUUCAGAUCCUCGUCCUCACCGACAGCGCCGAAGCUAUCCAUCAGAUCACACAGCAACGCGAAAAGUUCCCAAAGCUAGUAGAGACGUACGCCAUUCUAAAGCAGUUUGGCGACAAUGUCCUGACCACCGAGGGUGCCGUCUGGCGUAUGCACCGCAAGGUCACAUCCGCAACCUUCAACGAGAAGAACGCCUCCCUCGUCUUUGCCGAGUCGAUCAAGCAGGCGCAGAGCAUGACGCGCAAGUGGCUAGGCCCGGCCGGGGAGAAGAGCAAGGACACCAUCCAGACGCUGGAUCACGAUACGAUGCGGCUCGCUCUCAACAUUAUCAGCUACGUGGGAUUCGGAAUGCGCCUGCUUUGGCCGGGACAGUCGCUGCCCCAGGGAGCAGAUCCGAAGCUUACAAAGUACAGCUCGCUCGAAGCGGCCCCGGGACACACGAUGAGCUUUGCCGAUGCCAUUGCCGAGAUGCUGGAGCAUAUCUUGGUUCUACUACUGGUGCCACACAAGAUCUUAAAGCUGCUGCCCUUCAAGUACACAAAACAGGCCAUUGACUCGCACGAUAACUAUGUUCAGUACAUCGACGAGCUGAUGCAGGACAAGAUUGAGGAUCUGCAGAACGGCGACCACGGUGACGCCGGCAUGGACCUCAUGGGUCAGCUUGUGAGAUCAAAAUACGGGGACGGAGCGGAUGCCAAUGGAGCUAUCAACGGGACGCUACUAAAGGGAAAGGAGUCCAAGAUCCCUCAGCUGUCCAGAUCGGAAAUCUCGGGCAACGCCUUCAUCAUGUUGGUUGCGGGACACGAGACGACAGCGAACGCGAUGCACUUUGGUCUGAUUGAGAUUGCCUGCAACCCGGCCGUGCAGCGGCAGCUUCAGAAGGACAUCGACGGCAUCUUUGGCGAUAACGAUCCGAGCACGUGGAACUACGAGAGCACGGUCAACCCGAUGCUGGCGUCGAUGCUGGGCGCCUGCAUGAACGAGACGCUGCGGAUGACGCCGGCGGUGGUGGAGAUCCCCAAGAAGGUCAGCCCGGAAGGCGAUGGCAUCAUUACGCUGGACGGAGAGAAGUACGUGUUGCCAAGGGGGGCAGAUAUUUCCAUCGUGGGCGUGGCGGCGCACCGGAACCCGCGUAACUGGCCGUCGAAACCGAGCAAGAUUUCGGGAGCGGAUCACGACCUGGAUGACUACGCACCGGAGCGGUGGUACAGAGCCAGCUCGAAGACGGCCGAUACCAAGACCGGCGGCGAGGCGGAGGAGGACUACGGCGGGUACAGGGGUGCGGACACGAGCGAGAAGAUGUUCCGGCCGGUGCGGGGAUCCUACGUACCCUUCUCGGACGGGCCGCGGUCGUGUCUGGGGCGGCGUAUCGCACAGGUCGAAAUUAUUGCCGCGCUGUCGGUCGUGUUUCAGCGGCACAGUCUUGAGCUGGCGGUGGACGAGUGGGCCUCGGAUGCCGAGGUGGAGGCCAUGGGUCCGGAGGAGAGGCGAAAGCUGUAUAAGAAGGCGCAGGAUAAGUGCCGGGAGACUGUGAAGAAGGCGUCGACGAUGUUGACGCUCAAGUUGCCACAGGGGAUGACUGUGCCUAUUCGGAUUGUGCCGAGAGGACAGGAAAGGUUUGUCGAUAUUGUUGACUCUGCUUAGAUUGGGGUCAGUAGCUAGCUUCCCCUAGCCUGGCUCGUGAGAUUGUAUCUUCAAAGCUGUAUAGUGGUUGCUCUAGAAUGGAUAUAUGGGAAUACCCGGGAAAGGACCAGGCGGGGAGAUGGGUAGGAGUUAGAUGUGCAUGAAUUUGAGG